ACAACACGGAAGUGCUCGGCAGUUCAACCUGUUUGCACGGAGCGACUUCAUUUGCCAAUGUUUCCCCUGUAGCAGCAGAAUGCCUGGUGAAACCCCGGAGGGGAGGACGGUGGAGGUGCUCGCGCUCCCGCCGUCGGUGGAUGAGGAGCUGCUCUCUCUGUACUUCGAGAAUAAGCGGCGCUCUGGGGGGGGUCCGCUCGCUUUUGUGGAGAAGAAAGGGGACCGCGCCACACUUGUGUUCGAAGAGGCAGAAGCUGCAGCCCGAGUGCUGUCUAAAGGGCACCACGUUCUGCAUAAUGCCGAGCUGAGUGUGAGAAGGCCGGCCUCACGGGGCCGAUGCAGCCUGCUGCUGCGGGGGAUCAACCCCAGCACCUGCACGGAGAUGAUCGAGCUCUACGUGGAGAACAUGAUGGACUUGAACAUGCCCGAGUACACUCUGCAUCCCUCGCCGGGGGGAGAUUUCAUCUGCGUUCAUCUCCGCCAACCCCUUACAAAAGAUUUCCAUGAGCUUAGUGCAAAAAUCGCAAAGAGGAAACUGGAUGGGGCCGAGGUCACUCUCGAACAGAUGGACCCCACAGACUCCGUGUUGGUGGAGAACCUGCAGCCCGGCACCUCUCCAGACGUGCUCUCUGUGUACUUUGAGAGCCAGCGAGGUGGGGGGCAAAAGGUGAAGGAGGCCACGAUGCUUUCAGAUCUUACAGCCAAGGUGUCCUUUCUCAAUUAUGAGUCGGUGAGCGUUAUUCUCGACCUUUCGCACCGGCUGGACGAUGCUGAUCUCGUCGUGGGGCCGUACUUUGACUUCCUGCAGCCCACAGAACAAUCAAAGUCCUCGGACUCUGCGGCUGGAAGUCGAGAUGCGACUGAGAGAGACUCGGAGGAAGUUCAGAUGCAGACCGGUCCUCCCGUGGUGGUCGAUGCAGACAGUGAGUCCGCGUCUCCUCUGGCCUCAAAGCCGCUUGCUGCCCACAAAGCAGCAGCAGCAGCGGAGGAGGAGGAGGAGGAGGAGGAGGAGGAGGAGGAGGAGGAGGCGGCAGAGGUUGUCAUGGCGGAGGAGAAAGAACUACUAUCAAGCCAUAUUCCUGUCGCUGACCCAGCGAAACUUGCUUUGUUUCAAGUCAGCAGCUUCCUACGUGACACCGUAAACGCCCACCCGACCCUCACCGUCCAAGUCAAAGACGACGGCGUGCACAUUUCAACGAGCGACGCGCAAACACUCGCGCAGAUACAACACGCCACCUGGGACUGUUUCGGCCAAAUGGCCGAGACUCGCUUCACCCUCGAGUCGGAACCGGCUCAGCUCCUCGCAAGAAGCGACGUAAAAGAGCACCUCCUGCGAGCUCUGGCUCGAACCGGCUCCCCUGCCACGUACGCCGCGUCGGACUGCAAGGUGGCGGUAGCCGCCCUGUCUCGGGACGCCGCCGACCAGGCGUGUGGCUUUCUAAAAUCUCAGCUGUGUCACCUCAGCGUCCCGGUGGACACGCAGUACGAGUGCAUGCUGUACUGCAGGGAGUGGUCCGAGUUCCUGCAGGCUCUGGGCUUCUCCGUUGUGACGGUGUCGCCGCGGGGAGGCAGCGUCGACCUGUUCACCCUGAAGGGGAUGGAGAGCGAGAGGCAGGCGGCGAUCGCGGCCUUUCUCGCCACCCCCAUCGAGCGGGAGACCGUCAUCUCCAUGGAGCCGGGCGUGCUGCAGUACAUUCAGAUGCAUUUUCACCAGCUGCUAACUGAAAUGGACCAGGUGUCCAUCUUUCCUCUGGAAGCGGAGGACGUGUGCGGGUUUAAGAUCCACGGCCAAGCCACUGCUUGUCAAAUGGCGGAGGAGGUGUUGCAAGGUGUCGUGUCCUCAGUCUGCACCAGGACCAUCACGGUGAACGUCCCGGGAGUGACCAGGUUUUUAAACGAGCCGGUGUGCGACCACAUCCGGAAGGAGAUGGAGACAAAGUUCACCGUCUUGAUCAUCCCGAAGCACGUUCCCUGGGAACACCUGGCGCACCAGGACAUUUUUGAUACCGCAUGGAACAUGAUGUCGCACAAGAACUUCCAGAGAUUGUCCUUGGAUGGUUCUGCCCCGAGUGUGAAGCCUGAUUCGAUGCAAACCGAUCACAAUGGAACUCCAGAUAAAGGCCUUUUAGAGGAGGCAAAGAGAAUCGUCUCGGCCGUGGGAGGAGGACUCGAGCAGGGCGUGACCGGCUCCGACCAGCCCGACGGCAUGGACGAGCUGGACCUGUACACGGCGGAGGACCCGACCCCCCUGACGGACCAGGACCCCGCCGGGAUGGCGGUGGAUGACUCCCGGGCGCCGGCGGAAGGAAGCGCGUCGAGCGGGUCGCUCCCGCCGAAGAACGGAGCGCUCUGCCUUUCUAGCAACCUGGAAGAAGAGACCCAGAUGUCUCUGGCCAUCCAGUACUCCAUGGAGUCCAGCCACUGGUCGCCGGAGGAGGAGGAGCGGCAGCUGCAGCGGGCGUUGGAGCUGUCGAAGAACAUGGUCCAACACGAGGCCUCUUCUAGCGCUGACAGCCAGGUGGUGAAGAGCGAAGAGGUUUCCUUACAGGAAGCCAUCAAGGCAGCCAACACCCUACAGUUGCUUGUGUACGCGAGUUACAACAGCGACCUGAUUCGGGUGGACAUAGCUUUCGGGAAGAAGGUCAACCAGAGACAGGUGGAGGAGAAACUGGAGCACAGGUGCGUGAGGAACAUGUCCGAGUACCACAGGACGUGUCUGGAGAUGAUCAAGCGGAAGCACGCGGUGGAGAUCCAGAUCCAGGGCACCAUCGUCACCGUCUCCGGCUUCAAGGACUACGUGGCCGGAGGACUGUCCGACUUGAAGCUGCUGCUGGGGAAAAUUUCCAACUCUGUCACGGACCGGGAAAUCCUGAAGACCGUCCAGUGGAUGUAUCAGGACCCGGCGUCUUCGGACCCGACCCCUUAUUCCCCCGAGGCCACCGUGUUCAUCGAGAACGCCCUGAGGAGGAGGCUGCAGAAGGUCGACAUCCUGUUGGACAACCGGCCCCACACCAUUGACUUUGAGAAGAUGCAGGAAUGCAACGUCGCUUCCGGGAGGUCUGUGAAGAUCUUCAGGAAGCUGCCUGAGUCGGGGGACUUGGAUACUGAUGUAACAGAAGAGGAAUAUUCUCUGCUGUCGACGCUGCCCGAAACGACCAAAAUCGACGAGGAGUCCGACGAGUUUCAGAACGUGGUGAAGGAUUUCUACGCCUCCAUACAGGAAUACCACAGCAAAAUCCGAAUCAUUAGGGUGGAGAAGCUGAUGAAUCGCCUGCUCUACAACCAGUACAAGCUGAAGAAGGCGAGCGUCCUGCAGCGCGCCACCUACCCGCAGGUGGAGCGGACGCUGUACCACGGCACGAGCGAGAGCAGCGUGAAGGAGAUCUGCGUCCACGGGUUCAACCGAAGCUUCUCGGGAAAGAACGCCACCGUCUACGGCCAGGGCGUCUACUUCGCCGUCAACUCGGCGCUGUCGGUGCAGGACCAGUACUCGCCCCCGAGCGCCGACGGGUACAAGUACGUCUUCGUGUCGAAGGUGCUGACGGGGGACUACACCACGGGGUGCCACUCCAUGAUCACGGCGCCGCUGAAGGAGACGGACGGCAUCCCCCUCCGAUACGACAGCGUGACCAACGACAUCACCAAGCCGGCCAUGUUCGUCAUCUUCAACGACACGCAGGCCUUUCCCGAGUACCUCAUCACGUGCCAGAGGAUCACGCGCUGAGGGCCGCCGAGCCGCUUGUUUUACGGGGACUUUGUUCACAAAGGGCGAGUUAUUUUCACGAUUCGAGUAACGGCCGUUCUUCGUCAUGAUGGGAAAUGUCGUCUCGUGCCGCCGUUCAUGAGUGGCUCCGCCUUUCGGUUCUUCUGUUCGUUCUGAUGAAGGGAAGCUGAUUUUUAAAGUCAUAAUUAAUUUGGUGCCACACACUUAUUCUCCAUAUGUGUGGUAUUUAUGAUUUGAAAGCAAACGUAAAUUAUUUGCCACACAAGGUUUCGGAUUUUCUUUCAUACAGAAACAAAUAGAUGUAACAAAGUUGUUGGUCUGUUAUUUAGUGUUAAUGUUCUUCUUAGUUAUAUGAGAAGACGUUCUGAAAACAGGAGACCGAGUCCACUUGAGAUGUUGAUUACUGGGUUUUUAAAAAGAAGUAUUGGUGGAACAGUGGAACUUAAUAUAACUAUUUUAUUUUAGUUAAAAGUUCUAUACAUAAAUCUAUACAUGUUGAUAAUGUUAAGCCUUACAUAACUCUCACGCGUAGCCUACUGUGCACUUAAGAGAAAUGUGCCAUUGAUGAGAACACAAUAAACUCUGGAGUUACAUUUUGUUUGCCAUCAUGAUUUGAUGACUGUGCCUUUUUUGGGAGUCAGUUCAUAUCACAAAUCUGUGCUGGUCUCAUCUCUGUGUGACUCAUGAUGCUGUUUACCAAAAGAUAUUUUGAUUUUAUAACAAAUAUUAAAGUCAUUGUUUGUUUUUACAAAAAUGAAGACAUCGGUCUCAAGGUUAAUUAUUUUUAAAGAAAAAUAAAAGGGCUUUAAAUGAGAUAAAGGUUUCAACAAACAUCUAAUUUUUACUGACUUGUUUCCCUGCUGUUGUGUGUGAUUUAUUUGAUUAGACAUGACAUUUGUUACACGCUUAAACAAGCACUGAUUGGACUUAAGUUUGAUUAAAUGUUAUCUCUUG